AUGCCCCUCGGUUUGCCGCGACUACCUGAUCUCCCUACGUACCCGACCCUGCUCACCGCGGGGUUGGCAUUUGCACUAUAUAUACACUUCUACGACCGUCAUGCAGCUGAGAUACGGUCAUCUGCUCCUCUGUCGGCCAAACAAGACGCCACACCUAGCAAGCUCAAGCUCGUCUCCGAGGUAAACGUUGGUUCCCGACAACCUGCGCCCGAGGAUGUUGUCCCUGCCGUCGAGAAGCCGUCGCUUGCGACGACAGAAGCGCCAUCUCUCACGCCGCCACCUUCAGUUGGACCAAGUACACCGCCAGCCUCUCCACCGCCAUCCCUUCGCCCUGACGCACCUGUGUUCCGGCCCCGAAGCAGCACGCGAGUUCUCGCAACACCGAACGUCUGGGCGAACAGCAUCCCUGUGGCUGCGCGCGACUUUCGGGCGGAAGCCGAGAAGGAGUAUGCGGCAGGCUGUGAAUGCAAGAAGCGAGCCGAGGAAGCUAAUGCCAAGGCCAGCAAGCUUAUAUAUGAAGCGAACAAUAAGAGCCCGCAGCCUGGAUGGAUUGAUCUGCAUGGUUUGUAUGCGACAGAAGCUGCGAUGUAUGCUGGGAUGGCAGUCGAUGCCGCACAAGCGCGAGGGGAGGCCUCGAUCAAGUUCAUCGUCGGCCUCGGGAAACACUCUUCGCCGGAUGCUGCGAAGAUCAAACCGCGCGUCCUCGAGGAGAUGCGCAAUCGGGAGCUGAGAGCGGACGUUGACCCAGCGAAUGAGGGCGUCGUGGUCGUACAUCUGAAGAAGAAGCGGGUGCGGAUCAUGAGUCCCUCCGGAGAGCCUGUCUUAUUUGCCUAG